CUAGCAACCACCAAACACUAGCAUUCUCCCAGGCUGACAGUUCCCAUUUUCGGGGAGGUCGGGUCGUUUGUUUGCUCGUGUGGAAGAUGGACGCUUCACCCGAAGAUCAAACCAAAGCGGUGGUUAAACCCGCAAUCUUCAGUUUAAUCUCACCGCAAAGGAAUCAGCCCAAAGAACUGUCUUACUUCAACACCAAGGCAAAGGUCGCUGAAGUGCCCAUGUUUGACCGAAUGUACCCCAACCUUGAGGAUUUAGAUACGAAGACGCAAUUCCACUCCCAGAAGAGCUUGAGAAGGAGAGCACUCGACAUAAACGAGGAGCAGGAGAGGUCCAGACCUGUGGCUCUGCUGUCGUCUUCGGAAUAUGGCCGUCGUUUCAAUUCAACCAUCAACCGAACAGCGAAGCGGCACCCCCGCGUGGCUUUGAUCGAAUCCGAUUUUUACAGAAAAAACGGGAUCAUCUGGAGUAUGGCAGAAGGAUAUGGGUCAGUGGUUCCACUCUGAAAGCUCUGUCCCAGCCUGACAUACAAGGGGUUGGUUCCUUCUGUCUUCGCAUAAUAAAUGUGUUUUUCACCA